AUGACGUUCAAGCCAUGGCGCCACGUGCCAGGAAAGGCGUUGCUCUGGUUGCUGAACCUGUUCUCCGCAAUCGCUCUUAUCUUCGAAGGUUACAACCAAGGCGUGAUGGGCUUCGUCAAUGGCUCGGCUGGGUACAUCGAAGCCGUCGGCCUCGGUUCCGAUGGGGUCGUCACCAACUCAACGAAACAGGGAGGCCUUGUUGCGGUGUAUUACUUUGGCGCCAUGUUUGGUUGCUUCAUUGGCGGCUGGUAUGGCGAUCGUUUCGGCAGGAAGAAAGCCGUUGCAGUUGGAAGUGUUCUUGCUCUUAUCGGUGGAGUCUUGCAGGCAGCGUCGCAAAGCAGCAACAUGACGAUAUGUGCCAGAGUUGUAUGCGGUCUCGGUAUUGGCUUUAUCAAUACGAUCAUCCCGGCUUGGAUCUCUGAGCUUGCACAGUCACACAACAGAGGCUCCUCGUUUGCUCUCGUGUUCUGUGCGAACUAUGUCGGAAUUGUGAUUGCGUACUGGCUUGGUUACGGGCUGCGAAACGACACAACAGACUUCAAAUGGCGCUUCCCACUCGCUUUCCAGACGGUCCCUGUUAUUAUACUGCUCCUUACAGUGGCCUUCCUCCCGGAGUCCCCACGAUGGCUGAUAGCAGACGGCCGCCGGGACGAAGCACUGGAGAUACUUGCCAAGAUUCGCGGCGAUCGUGCGCUUUCCGACCCAGAACUGGAGCACGAGAUCUCGCAAUUAGACGUCAUUGUCGCCAACGCCAAACACCCACGCUAUAGUCUGAUCAACAUGUCUUUCGGAAGGCAUUCGGGACUGCUGCACUUGGGGCGGCGCGUGUCCCUCGCUGUUGGUAUCAUGAUGAUGAUGGAGUGGACAGGAAUUCUGGCCAUCACUGUAUAUGCCAACACGCUCUUCCAGCAAGCAGGCUUCAGUGCCGAGAAGGCAUCGUGGCUCAGCGGACUCUGCAACACAUUCGGCAUCAUUGGCACUGCGGCCAGUAUCUUCACGAUUGACCGCUUUGGACGCCGCAAAUCGCUCUACUUUGGGUUUUUCAUCCAAGGUGCGGUAUUGAUGCUUUCGGGAGGUCUGUCGCGCCUAGGAGAGGAGCAUCCCAAUAAUUCAGGCGCAUACGGUGCGGCUGCGGCGGCGAUGGUGUUCAUUUACACGUUCUUCUUCGCACAAACGGUGUUGAUGAUCGCUUUCCUCUACCCGACAGAGAUCUGGCCGCAGGAAGUCAGGGCACGAGGCAACAGCUACGGCGUGUUUGGUUGGGCAGUCGGAUGCGGGACCACGACUCUGGUGAUCCCGAGCAUGUUCAGCGCCCUUGGCUGGAAGACAUUGGUUGUUUUCGGUUGCUUCAACUUCGCCAGCCUGCCAUUGGUCUACUUCUUCUUUCCGGAGACAUUGGGACGUUCGCUUGAGGAGGUCAACUUGCUAUUCACAGCGAAGAGCCCAUUCGUUUCGUCAAACAAGCAAGAGUACGAGCGGAGGCUGCGGGAUGCCGGCGGCGACGUGCUUGCUGCGGAGAGAAGUCUUCUUGCGGAGAUCGAUGGGCAGGAAACUGCACAGAAGUCUGCGUCCGACGAGGAAAUUGCCGCGACGUUUAAGCAUGGCCGAGUUACAGAAGACUUGAAGUGA